AUGUCUUGUGGAGAUAUACCAGAUGGACUUGCGACGGAGGAACAAGGGGAGGCUCUGAUGCCUCGUCGGAUCAAGGUGCAACGAUUUGAUAAAUCCAAAUGUCAGAAAUGCAGGACAGCGAAAAGUACGUAUAUCAUACGGAAUGUGACUUAUUGCAAAUCAUGUUUCGAGUCAUCCCUAUUUACCAGAUUACAACGUACCCUUCAUCCAGCUAUGAGGUCUACCACACUCACUCCGAGCGAACUAAAAAACAAGAGUUUAGCAAGUAUAGGUGGUAAUCGACCUUUACCGCAGGAUGGGUCCGUCUUGAUUGGUCUUUCUGGCGGGUCAAGCUCGAUCGCAUUGACGGAUACCCUAGUAUCGAAGGAAUAUAUCGGAAAGGGAGAUAAGAGGCUGGUAGAUCGGACUAAAGGUGAAAAACAACCUGUCUGGAAUAAAGGUUAUAUAAUACAUGUGGAUUUUUCCGAUGUGAUUGAGGGUAGUAAUAAGGAGGAAGAUAGAUCAGAGGUAUUGAAAAAUUGGAUAGAGGAUAAAGAGCAUGGUCUGGGAUGGAUUUGUUUAAAGGGUCAGGAUGUAUAUGAUGUGAAUCUGAGAAAUAAGAUAAGGCGGAUUAUUGGGAUACCUGAGCUAGAUGAUGGUGAAGAGAAGGAAAGCUUGGCGAUUGAUUCGAAGAAUCCUGACUUGCCUCUCUUCCCCGACGCAUCUUCUUCCUCAUCAUCAACACCCUUAGACCGACUUCGUUCCGUUCUCUCUACCCUCCCGGCUGCUUCCAGACCCUCAAUCUUAUCUUCUAUUCUCGAGUCUCUAAUCACCACAACUUCGCAGAUCAUACCGGACCUGUCUCAUGUGCUUCUGGCUGAGACUUCCACCAGACAAGCACAGCGUCUGAUAUCUGGUACAGCACUAGGUAAAGGAUACACCUUACCACUAGAUCUCUCAGUCAUACGUAAAUCAUCUGCUCCAAAUGGAAGGGAUAUAAUCAGACUUAAGCCUACGAAAGAUAUAAGUCUGAAGGAAGUUACCAUAUAUACCCAUCUAAAGGGUCUGAAUGGAUUAGUGAGAAACGCUAGGAAUUGGGAUAAUGCCGGUCCACAGAAUAAGAAAGGUGAUUCGAGAGGGAAAGGAAACACGAGGAGUCUGGAAAGUUUGACUGAACAAUUCAUCGCUAGUCUAGCUGUCACUCACCCCGCUACUGUAUCAACUAUCAAUAGAACGGGUGAUAAAUUGAGGUUUACCGGUGAGAAGGAAAGUCAAGUUAAUUGUCCGGUCUGUCAGCUACCGGUCGACCCAAAUGCAUUGGAAUGGAAAUCACGAACAGCACUUACAUCUCUUCCUACCAAGACCUUCCCCUCAGAGGACAUGUCAAGUGAUGGAGAAGGUCGAGAGAGUCUAGCGACAAUGUUAUGUUAUGCUUGUCUUACCACAUUUACUCCUCCUACUGUGGUCUCAAAAGCUUCCCGGACCGAAGUGGUUCCUGUGCAGUUGCCGUAUUGGGUCGGAGGGAAUGUAAGGGAUAGAAGGAGGGAGAUGAAAGAGGAGAUUAAGGAGUUCUUGAUCGGUCAGGAUGAGUGA